CAAUGUUGUUUUCUACCGGCAGAUCUGUUUUAGCACGAGCUCUGUCCGAUAUAUCCGCGAAUUGGAAACAAAGUGGACUUAUAGCAACAUACUGCCAGUCAGCCACAGCCCUUCGCCCCAAAAAGGCCAAGUCCCAGCGAAAGGAGGCGCAAUACUUCUCCGAUGCCAAGAGGGUCCGGGCGAUUGGCGGUAAAGGCGGCGACGGCUGCGUGUCCUUCCUGCAACUUUGGUGCAAUGAAAGAGCCGGUCCCGAUGGCGGCGACGGUGGCCAUGGCGGGCAUGUAGUUUUCCAGGCCUCCAACGAUGUGCGUAACUUCAACCACGUGGGCAGCGUUCUAAAGGCGGAGGAAGGAGAGCGCGGCAACGCCAAGGAUUGCCAUGGCAAAAACGCCAAGCACACAGUGAUAAAGGUCCCCAUUGGCACUAUAAUUAGGAACGCUCAGGGCAUUAUUGUCGGAGAUCUGGCACAGGCGGAUCUAAUGUUUGUGGCCGCUCGCGGAGGAGCCGGCGGCAAGGGCAAUCGUUUCUUUACCACAGACAAGGAGACCAGUCCCAAGGUAUGCGAGUACGGGCCGAAUGGCGAGGACUUUUCCUACAUCCUAGAGCUGCGCAGCAUGGCAGAUGUGGGCCUGAUAGGCUAUCCAAAUGCCGGUAAGAGUACCUUGCUAAAUGCCCUGACCCGCGCCAAGCCUAAGGUGGCCCCGUAUGCCUUUACCACUCUGCGUCCCCAUCUGGGCACCGUCCAGUACGAUGAUCAUAUUCAGCUGACCAUUGCCGACCUGCCAGGCCUCGUUCCCGAUGCACAUCUGAACAAGGGUUUGGGCAUACAGUUCCUAAAACACGCAGAACGGUGCACCCUGCUGCUAUUUGUUCUGGACGCAAGCGCGUCUGAGCCCUGGACGCAUUACGGCCAACUAAUGCAUGAGCUACAACAGUUUGGCGGACGAUUGGCCAGUCGCCCCCAGCUGGUGGUGGCCAACAAACUUGACGUGAAGGAGGGUCGGGAGAACUUUGAGGAGCUGCAGCGCCGACUCGAGAAACCAGUUCUUGGUAUCAGUGCAAAGAUGGGUCAGAAUCUGGAGCAACUCCUUAGAAGCAUUCGAAAGGAGUACGACCGGCAUAAGGCUCAGGAAAGAGCUUUAAGAUAAAGAUGCUUCGAUUGUUAGUUAUAAAUAAAACUUUAUUCUUACGAUCUACACAAAGAUAAA